AUGGGUAUCAUAGUUCCAGUUUUGACUCUUGUUUUCCUCUUACUCACCACAGUGAGCCAUGCUGCCUCCAAACCGAGGAUGAUUCUGGUCGGCGGAUCUGCACAGGCAUGGAAGGUUCCAGAUUCUUCCACCAACACUCUCAAUCAAUGGGCUGAGAACAAUCGUUUCAAAGUCGGAGACAUUCUCGUGUGGAAGUACGACGGGAAAGUUGAUUCUGUGUUAAAAGUGACAAAAGAAGAUUAUGAUACUUGUAACACAGCAAAUCCCUUGAAGCAAUUCAAUGAUGGAGACACAGAGAUCGAGUUAGAAAAUUCAGGAGCUCACUUCUUCAUCAGUGGUGCUCCUGAUCACUGCGCUAAAGGCGAAAAGAUUCAUAUUGUUGUAUUGGCUGAACGCAACCCUGGUGGUGGUGGUAGCCGUGACGGCGGAGACGGUGGCAGUCCCAUGGUUACUCCUGUUAGUCCUCAGGCUAAAACUCCAGCUUCAGCUCCAGCCCAUAACGCUGCGGUUGGAUUAAAUGUUGGAAGCGGUUUGUUCUUGACCGCGGUUGCGAUUGGUUUGGCUAUGGCUUAG